CAUGUUGUUAGAAGCGCGCAGGCGCAGUGUGGAGAGAGGAGAGGACGAGGUCGAACAGAAGGGAUAUAUUUUUAAACAUUUCUCUUCAGUUUCGGGUUUUUGAAAAUGCCGCAGGACUACGAUAAAGAUGCGUACCCCGAGCCUCCACGCCAGACUCCAGUGGUGGAUAAGCAGACGGUUCUUCCUAACCCGGCUUUAAUUCUAUCCAAUCUGUUCUAUUACUCGGUGGAUCUCCCAGUGACCACAUUCAGGAAUGCUAUCGACAGCAUCCGGAGCAAGAACAAGUACUACUACUACCACCAGCAGUUUCGCCGGGUGCCAGAGCUGAUCGACUGCCAAGAGGGUGACUAUGUCUGCUAUUAUGAAGCAGAGAUGCAGUGGCGGAGAGAUCAUAAGGUGGACCAAGAGAUUGUGAAGAUUGUGCAGGAGCGUGCUCGUGCCUGCCAGCAGCGUGAAGGCCCCAGCUACAAGCAGAACUGUGCCAAGGAGUUUCAGCAGUUUAAGGAGGCCUCCAGGGCAUACCAGUCACGCUAUGGGGACCUUGGAGCAUACGCCAGUGCACGCAAAUGCUUGAUGAAGCAGAAAGAAAGGAUGAUGGCACAGGCACAGAAUGCAUAAACUCUUCAUUUCAGCUCUGUCCUGCUUUCUCUGAUGUAUGUAUAAACAUGUAAAAUAAAUUUAUUGGAAAGUGAA